ACCUUAGUUGUUGAGGCCAAUAAGUGAAUAAAAAGAACUUUUCUAUGUCAAUCUUGGUUAUGGUUAUAUGAGUAAUAGUUUCUGUAUUUUACCAGACGGAUUAAGAUUUUCCAUGGGUUUUAUUUUCUAAGUUUCCAAUAUUCUGAUCUGCUAUUGAAGGAGGCACACUACUAUUUCUUCAGUAACAUUUUGUUAAUAAAUGGCUACAUCUAAAACUACCAAUACCUAUAACAGGCAGAAUUGGGAAGAUGCUGACUUCCCUGUACUAUGUCAAACAUGCUUGGGUGAUAAUCCAUACAUCAGAAUGAUAAAAGAAAAAUAUGGCAAGGAGUGUAAAAUAUGUUCCAGACCUUUUACUGUAUUUCGUUGGUGUCCUGGAGCCAGGAUGCGUUUCAAGAAAACCGAGGUCUGCCAGACAUGCAGCAAAUUGAAGAAUGUUUGCCAAACUUGUCUGCUGGACUUGGAGUACGGUUUACCCAUACAAGUACGAGAUGCAGCCUUGAAGAUGAAAGAUGAUUUACCAAAAAGCGAUGUUAAUAAGGAGUACUACAUUCAAAAUAUGGAGAGAGAGUUAGCCAGAUCUGACCCUGAUACCAUUAGUAGCAAAUUGAGUGAACCGAAUGAUCUUCUGAUGCGUUUGGCUCGAACCGCACCUUAUUACAAGAGGAAUAGGCCCCAUGUGUGUUCCUUCUGGGUGAAAGGUGAAUGCAGAAGAGGCGAAGAAUGUCCAUAUCGCCAUGAGAAACCUACUGAUCCUGAUGAUCCACUGGCAGAUCAGAACAUAAAAGACAGAUACUAUGGUAUCAAUGAUCCAGUUGCCGACAAAUUGCUUAAGAGAGCUGCAGCAAUGCCUGCCCUACCUCCCCCUGAUGAUAAGACAAUUACCACACUUUACUUAGGUAAUUUAGGUAACUUGUCCGAACAGGAUAUCAGAGACCAUUUUUACCAGUAUGGAGAGAUUCGUUCUAUAAGCUUGGUGCCUAAGCAGCAAUGUGCCUUCGUUCAGUACACAACGAGGGCAGCAGCGGAGGCGGCCGCCGAAAAAACUUUUAACAAACUCAUCCUCGGCGGUAGGAGACUCACCAUCAAAUGGGGCCGCUCCCAAGGCCGCACAGGCCCAUCCUCCAUCGUUCAUGCAGAGAACUAUGAACCUGUUCCCGGCCUGCCAGGGGCUCUUCCCGAGCUCAGUAAUAACUUUUUCAACUUGGAACCCGGACACAUUCCAUUGCCCAACAUGCCGCCACCUCAGUCGAUCAUGGUGCCCCCCAUGUUCGCUCCUCCUCCGAUUCCGCCUUUUUUUUUCAAUCCCCCACAGCUGCCGCAGUUUGCACCGCCGGCUAGCGCUAGCAGUGCGGUGGCGGUUGCGGAGCCAGUUGUGCCGAAACCGACGGUGCACUAUCCGAGUCAGGACCCCGCUAGGUUGGGAGCCACGCAGCAGAUUCAGGAGUGAUGGCAUUGAAUUUUUUGUCUUGAAUAAUAUAAUAUAAUUUGUAACUCAUU